UGCAAUACUUGAUUACUUGUCGAAGUCGGAGAAUUGUAGACGGUUCUAAGAUCAACCAAUUUCAGUUUGCCCUUCGUGUCGUUUUAGCGGAAAAAUCUCUGCUCUGCUCUCCUGUUGUAGUCUAUUUAUACCUCUCGUUACAUCUCUACAUCUUGAGCAUUCAAACAAUCCAACACUGAGAAGGCAAGAGCAUCCAAAGCACAAGCCAAGCGCAAAUUAAGCUGAUCGGCACCAGCAAUGGCCGGAGGAGGAGGCGACCUGAAGAUGCUGGGCAUGUGGGCGAGCCCGCCGGCGCUGCGAGUGCGACUCGCGCUCAGCCUCAAGGGCGUAACCUACGAGUACGUCGAAGAGGACCUCAAGAACAAGAGUGAUCUGCUCCUCAAGUCCAACCCCGUCCACAACAAGGUGCCCGUGCUGAUCCAUGGCGGCAAGCCAGUCUGCGAGUCGUUGGGCAUUCUAGAGUACAUCGACGAGGCCUUCGCUGGCGUUGGCCCUUCCCUUCUCUCCGCCGACCCCUAUGAGCGCGCCGUUGCUCGCUUCUGGGGCGCCUUCAUCGACGAGACGCUCGUGAAGGCGAUGUACCAGGCAUCGUGGGGCACGAAGGAGGAGAAGGAAGAGGGGAAGAAGAAGGUGACCGCCGCGGUGGAGACUCUGGAGGGAGCCCUGAGGGAGUGCUCCAAGGGGAAGCCGUUCUUCGGCGGGGACAGCGCCGGAUAUCUGGACGUCGUGCUCGGCGGCCUCCUCGCGUGGGUGCGCGCCGUUGAUGGGAUGCAGGGUCUCAAGAUCUUCGACCCCUCAACCAUGCCGCUGCUGGCCGCGUGGGCGGACAGCUUCGCCGCGCUAGAUGAGGUCGAGGCGGUCAUGCCGGACGUGAACAGGCUAAUCGAGUUUGCCAGGGCGAUGUAAGCUUGCGCCUUGACUAGCAGCGGCCGCAGACACAACCUCUCUUCUUUUAUGCAGCACUCCUCGAUCGAUUCUGUGCCGAACAAGGAGAUAGUGUUAUUCGCAACGUUUAUUUUCGUCGACGUGCAUGUCUCAUGUGACUCCAUCAGAUAUAAGCUUUGCUUCAAUAAAUACUAGAAAUAAAGGAAUGUAAGUGCAUAUUGCUAUCAAGUGACACAAAAUGAUAGUCCUGUUUGUUCAAGGUUAUGCUGAAA